UGACGAUUCCUCAAAAUGUGUUCAGGAAACCGACAUUGCAGGUAUCGCUGGACUACACCGCAUCACCUUGUCCCUGUUAUGUGGUCGGGACGCGCAUGAGCAGUCCUGGAUCAAGAAUUCUGCUUGUGCCUUUGUACCUUGAUACACUAGCUCUGCAGGUCGUCUGUUUCAGUGUCGUUGUCGUAGAUCGUGAAUAUCGCCACUUUUACUUAAAUAAAAGCACCAUACUGACGUUCGCGGAGGAACCGGAUUAUGCCAUUCCAUCCAAGGCAAAGCGACGUCUUUGUCAAGUACUUAUCCAUUCCUCUGCGACCGCGGUAUUUUACGAGAUAUGUUCGUGCGUUGGUAGACCUCACAGAAAUCCCUUGGUUCCUCGAAUGAUGGUAGACGAUCAUUACGCGAAUCAUUUGAAGAUGCAGUUCCUAUAAUUAGCAACAACCUCAUUUGCAGGAUACGAACCCGCAUGAAACGUCUCCCCAUGUAUUCCUCUUCGUGACUUCACAAUCACUGAUACCUCUCUGUUCAACAAAACGUUACAAGAUAACCUGUUGCGAAAUAUAUUGCCAUUUCUUCUAUCUGUGUGCAA